CAGUUUUUGUCAGCGGCUGCUUGGUGCAGCUGAUUCGACAGCUCGGGGUAGACUCAAGCGUAGAGGAGAGAGAAUAUAAUAUGUCAGGAUUUUGUUACCAGGAAGUGGGUCGAGUUAUUUAUAUUUCAACACUCGUCCUCUUGUACCCGAGGGAGAACCAGUGGUAGUAACCUGAAACUAUAUAUUCAAACAUUGUCUGGUUCUGGACGCAUCGAACUGAUAGAGAACAAUUGGCUUAAUGUUUAGAAACUGUGAGGAUCCAGAGAAGAGAUCUGUAAAUGUAAAUAAUGUAAAGAGUGUGUGGGAGGGUAAAGUGACCCUGUGAGGGAUUCAGCAUUGGCAGAGUUGCUGGGAUGAAGCUGCAUGAGAAGAUUUUGACCCAUUACCUUUCUUGCACCUCUCCGGUAGAUAAAGAGGGAUAUCUUUACAAAAAGAAAGAGAGAAAUGCCACCUACCAGCGGCGGUGGUUUGUGCUGAAGGCAAACCUGCUUUUCUACCAGGAGCGUCCAGCUGACCGACACCUGCUUGGUGUCAUCGUGCUGGAGGGGUGUGCAGUCCGGCGCUCAGAGUCUGAUGGACAGUUUGCCUUUUCCCUGGUGUUUGAAGGGCCCGGACUCAAAACCUACAGAUUUGCAGCAGGCGAUGUUCAGACUCAGGAGAGCUGGGUGAAAGCUCUGCUCUCGGCCAGCCACUGUUACCUCUCCCUGCUGGUGAGAGACCUGCGGAGCCAGUAUGAAGAAGCUAAACAGGGGUCUGGUGAAUCCCGCCACAGCUCCUCUGCCCUCAAACAGUGCACCACAAGCUUCUUCUCUGCUGUGCAGGGGCCAACAGCGGCGGUCAGGGAGGGGAGAAGCCUCAGUGCUGGCACUGUUUUACAAGGACCUUCAAUACCCACUAAAGUGGCUAAAAAAUCCCCUAAACUGUGGCACAGGAGAAAUGCUCAUGUCACACCAAUUAAUGGACCAGCACCUUCGUAUGGUGAAUGGCCUUUGGUGGGUUUUGAUCCACUCGAAGAGUUUAGCAAACUUCAUGAUUACUAUGGCCAGGAAGUGAAGAAAGUAAGAGAAGAGUGGCUGAGGAGUCGACGAGCAGAAGAGGAACACAGUGAUGAAGAUCUUAUCGACCUGGGGUGAAAGAAGACCUGACAGAGAACACUGACGAGGAAGUGAGACAGAGUAGUUCAAGUGUGUUAAAAAGGAACUGAACCUGAAGUGUUGUGUAGUUAACUGAAUUUAAGAAUGUAAAGUUUGAGGCCUGGAAAUCUGUAAAAGUGCUAAAUGUUCUUGUUUUAUACGGUACCUGUAGGUCAUUUCUAUGGUCAAUUUGUUUUCAUAAAGUUGUAAUUAUCUUGAGCCAGUAUGGUCUUAAAGUGUCUGUAGGAUACCACAAAGAACAAGCAUUUCACAGUAUUUUAACUACUGUUACUGGCAAUGUCUCCGAUCUAUUUAAGUAUCUAUGUAAGCACACAAUAGAACACAAUAAACAAUAGAAGGACCCUAGAAGUGAAGUGGUUAAAUGGAAUUCAGCCAUCAUUCUUUAUAUUAUGUACACUUCUGUGUAAUGUCAAAAAUGUCUUCCAUAAAAAAUGUCUUUUCCUUGUUUGUUUUCAUGAACUCAACCUGAUGCUUAUUGUAAAAGCAUGACAAGUGGGCAGUUAUGUGGUGGAAUCAACAGUUUCAUCCGUGGCACAGAAAGGCCGUUUGAUGCAGUAUU